UUUUUUCUUUUCAAAGUUUUAUUUUUUUUUUCUUUCCAAGUACUCUCACUCUUUUUUUCCCUUUCAAUUCCCUACAAGUGGCUCUCAUAAUUUUUCCAAACAUUGCACAUUUCUCCUUUUUCAAUAGUUUUCCUCAAAAGCACGACCAUACCUCAACUUUAGCUUUCACAAGCUCAUAACAAAAUCAAGUGCUCAAGAGAGGUAAAAAGUUUAAAUAGAUAAUCAAUUCAAACAAAAUGGAUCAAGCUUGCAGUGUGGUUACCAAAGAAGUAGGAUUAUAGGCUCAAAUGGCUGACUAGGAUACACAACAAUUAGGCGGACCAUAAACAUAUAAUUGGCUCAACAACGAAAUACCUAUAUCACUUCCUAGACUGAACAAGACUACUAUUUCGCUUUGCAAACACACGGGACAAGUUCUAGACAUCAACUGACAUACACAGAAUAUCAACAAAUCCUCACUCAGGGUCAGAUCUAUCCCUACUCUCUAGUCAAAGAAGUUAAGCAAAGUCAAGAUCAAACAAAUUAAGGUACUUAUCCAUGAGUCAAGAACUGAGCCUAGGCAUCACAACUAAAGCACUUAUUGCUCUCAAAGCACAACACAGGUAAGAUAAGUUAUCUCUAUUUAACACCACAACACAAGACUUCUCUAUUCCUAAUUAAAAAAAUUAACUACAUCCUGUUCAAGUAAAAACCUUGGAAAAGAACCACAUCACAAAGAAAAACCAAGGGCAAUUAUUACACUACUUAAGAAAAAUAAAAUAUUUUUUUAAUCCCUCAAGAAGAAAACCGAGGAAAUCCAUUGUCGGGAAAAGUAAAAAUAAAAUCAAUCAAAAGAAACGAAAACAAACACACAUUUACAUAUUUAUAUCCCCACCCCACACUUUAAAUUGUGGCAUAUUCACAUAGCACACAAAUAAAAAGCAAGAGGUAAAGGAAUCUUCCCUGAUUCAUCUAGCCGGGGUCGCAAUCGAAGUCGGGAUCUCCUUUGCAUGCCCGACCCAAUGCACACAUCCAUGCUGAGAGCUUCUUUUCCGCCUUCUUUGGGUACACCCCAUACUUAUCAACUUCACUCUUUCCAAUUUGCUCUUUCAAGGCCGCCCUUUCUCCUUCCAUCUUGAAGAUCAGUCUUUCAUCUCCCACUCUGAGCAUGAGCUGCCUUUCCUGAAUAUCUAGAAUUGCUCUGCCCGUAGCCAAGAAGGGUCUUCCUAAAAUCAGCAGAACCUCCCUAUUCUCCUCCAUGUUCACCACAAUGAAGUCCACAUGGAACACAAAUUUAUCCACCUGAACUAGCACAUCUUCCACUAUUCCUUCUGGUAUGAUUGUUGUCUGAUCCGCCAGCUGCAAGGAUACAAGUACCGACCUGAUCUCUCAAAUCUCUCCCUCCAAUUUCAUGAAAAUAGACAAAGGCAUAAGAUUAAUAGAAGCACCUGAAUUACACAAAGAUUUUUGAAAUUUAAUACUUCCUAAAGAGCAAGGUAUAGUAAAACUUACUGGAUCUCCAUAUUUUUGAGGGAGUUUAUCUUGUAAGAUGGCACUAAAAUGCUUUGUCAACUUGACAACCGAUGUUUUUUCUACUUUCCGCUUCUUGGACAAUAUUUCCUUCAUGAAUUUGGCAUAAGCUGGCAUCUGCGAAAGCACCUCUAUGAAAGGUAUAUUCACAUAUCCACCUGCUUGAACACUUCUGGAAAGCGCUCGAAUUGUUUGUCCAAUUUCUCUCUUCGUUGCUUCUGGGGGGAAAGGUAGAACAUACAUGUAUUUGCUCUCUUCAGUCUCAUUAUUUAUUGAAUUAUCAUUUUUCUUCUUUUUCUGAGCUUUAAUCUUCCCUUUCUUUUUCAAAUCCUCAUCUACCCUCACUUCACCUUCUUGAAUGUUGUUGAUUUUCUAUUCCUCCACAAUCUUCACCUGUCUUUCAACCGUCUCAUCCUUUAGCUUUGCUAUGAGAUCCUCCAACUCAUGCCCACUCCUCAAAACACUGCAUUUAUUGUCUCUUUUGUAUUUCUUUCAGUAUCAGCAGGGAGUCCUUGUCCCUGAGGUCUAGAAUUAUUUUGCUGCCACGAGUUCAAGCUACCACUUGGUGAAUUCCAAGAAAAGCCUGGGUGCAUCUGUCCCAUAGGAUUGAAAUUAUUACCACUCCGGUAGUUACCUAUAUCAUAGCUUCCUAUAACAUUUAACACUUCAUAUGUAGCUGCGACCUGACACUCAUGCGUUGGAUGAGCUAUUCCAUAUAAAUCACAAACUGGUGAUGGUUGGCUCUGAACUUUGGUUAAGGUCAACUUUCUUAUCUCUUUGGCCAUGGCUUCUAAUUGGACUCACACUGCGGUGUUUGAAUCUACUUGAUGAACCCCAACAGAUCUUCUUCUAUCAUUACUCUCAGCAGUCCACUGGUUAGCAUCUUCAGAUAGCUCAUCAAGAAUUUUCACAAUCUCCUCAGCAGUCUUCUUCAUUAAAGGACCUCCAACUGCAGUGUUCAGAGUUCGUCGUGGGGGAGGUGUCAGUCCAUCCCAAAAGUCUUGGAGUUGCAUUCACAAUUCAAUCCCAUUAUGCUGACACUUUAUUAUAUCUCCUUGAAUCUUUCCCAAGCCUCGAAAAUUGUUUCAGUGUCCGUCUGGCAGAAGUUGUGAAUUUCCCUUCUGAACUUCACUAUUUUUGCAGCUGAGAAGUAUUUGUCAAGAAACUUUCUAGUCAUAUCUUUCAAUGUCCUGAUCGACCCCGUUGGUAAGCUACGAAGCCAGUGCUUCGCGACAUCCUUCAGUGAAAAGGGGAAUGCCCUUAAGUAUACAUCAUCUUUCGACACUCCGUUAUACUGGAAGGUGUUCAUGAUUUCCUCAAAAUACAUCAAGUGAGUAUUAGGAUCCUCAUUCACCUUUCCUCUAAAGAUAUAAUUGUUCAGAAUAGUUUAAAGCAAGCCUUUCUUUAACUCAAAAUUAUUUGCUGCUACUGGCGGAGGUCUGACACUGGAUAGUCCCUGAUUGUAGACUAGUCUGUCAUAAUCACCCAAUGCUCUACCAGGUCUGGGUACCGCAUUCUCGAACUGGUCUUCAAUCAAGGGUCGAUUUAGAUUGAAUAUUUGACCCCCAUCAUCGUUAACGGUCUCAUCAGCAGUUGUACAGGCUGGCUUAACUGCUACUCGUGCAUCUUCUUAUUGUGCUACUUCUCUUACAACUAAUUCUACCUCGUCUUCACUAUUUUUAGCCAUGUGUUCUGGGGUUGAAAGUUGCCCCAAAUGUUUUUCGGUGAGUUCUUUCUCUUUCUUCAACUGUCGCAGACUCUUUUCCACUUCUGAAUUAUUUGGAAUCAAUUCCUUUGAAGAAGAUCGAGUCAUACACCAGAGACGUCAAUCUGUUGCCUGCACACAGAAGAGGAAACCCGUGAAGAAUAAAAAAAAAAGAAAAAUAAAAUAAAAUAAAAAAACUUCCUGAAUUAGCACCAAAAACUAUUUUGAACACUAUUGAUUGACAAUCCCCGGCAACGCCGUCAAAAUUUGACAAGCACAAAACACAACAUGAAAUUGAUGCUCGCUAGCCAAAGAUAGUAUAUUUUAAUUAUCGUCUCCACAUGGAUUGGAUUUAAAUAAUAUUCGAGUAAUUUCUGGCUUAUUUGCUAUUCAGGAUGAUCAACACUUGAUUUCGAGUGAUUACUGCUAUAAUUAACUACUAAAUUAAGAUUACUAGUAAUUAGACCUAAUCACAGAGAAGAGAGUUGAACUUACGGGUUGUAAACAAUAUGAGAAUUAAGGGUUGCGACAUGAUAGGUGUACGAUAGCUAUUCGAGAUUUAACUCUGUUUAAAUUCACUUCUAAUGUUCUAAUGAUUUUCACGAAUUCGCUCGAUGAUUAGCUUAAACGUAAGGUUAAAGAUUCCUCUCUCAAUUAAAUAUGAACUCUACAAAAUAAACUAAUAUGAAGCACUGUGAAGAUAUGCAAGAAUACAUUAAUGGACUAGUGUUUAGGAAAACAUCUCUCGAAUAUUCUCCUAACUUGGCUUAAUCAACAAUUCAUAAAGCUCUCUCGAUUACUUAGAAGAAUCACUAAAUUAAACCGAACCAAAUAAUGCAAAGAUAAUCACCAAAAUAUUCCUCUUUCGAUUAAAUAAACCGGCGAGUAAAGUUGCAAAUAAUUCAAAGCUCCAUAAACGUAAUCACACAAUUAAACUAGAGUUAAAUCCACAAAUAUCAAUUAAAAUACCAUAUCCGUCGAAACCCUAGGGAAAGAACUACUCCAUAGAUAUGGAGAAAAUCAUCACAAAUAAGUUUAAGAAUAUAGAAAACAUCAAAGACAACUUUACAAUACAAACUCUCAUUUUUGCACCGAUUGUUGGCAAGAGAAUUGAUGAAAUUUUGUGUCUUUAAGCCGUGGUAGCUCUCCAAAACUCUCCUAGGUCGAAUAUCCUAUAAAAAAAAGUAUUUUUACAAUGUAUUUAUAUCGAGUAUGGAUGGACCUGGACUAAAAUACUCUCUAUGAGCCGAAUUAGAAUUAACUGGGCGAAAAAUUACAUUAGUGUGUCGUCCAUUGCGACGCACUGCGAGCCGCAUUAGUGGAACUUUUUUGAAGCUUAACCAAAAGAACGCACGCUUCCUUGUUCUCGCCAAGAGACAAAAAAUGGGUUAUCCCAUCGUUUACCAAGGCCUAACACAUGAUGUGUUAGUGCCACUUUUCAGAGGGGUUGAAACUUUAAGCUUCUAAUGCACUUCUGUCUUUUUCUUCUAUUAUUUUAUAUGUGCACCGGGUCCUUGACACCCGAACUCGAUUCCGACUUAACUCUCAAACUUCUACUCAGAUUUUAAAAUUCUUUUUUUUAUUCUCUUUUAGCUCUAAGUCUUGACCCGAAAUCUGAACCUACAUAACAGAAAACACGCAAUGAGUAUAAAUUGACUAUAUUUUAGCUUAAACACAAUUAAAGUGUAUUAAAUAAUAGGUGUAAAGUAGCCAAAAAUUUAUAUUUCUAGCCUACCAUCAGUGAUAAAUGAUGUUAUGAUGAAAUAAGGGAGGAUUGCGUGUGUACUAUGGGAUCGGGUUGUGCACCGCAACGGAUUGUGUAUGUUGUACUCAUUGUGUUAUUGUGUUAGUUUUCAGCCUUUUUAUAUGAUAUUUUGAGGUCAGAUAUUCUGGAGUCUAUGUGUGCGAGGAUUGAGCUCAUUAUCAUAAAUUAACUAUUUUACCAUCAUAUCCUGUUUCCUUCCCCGUUGUUAUUAUUAUUACUGCGUAGAGGUUAUUUUAGGUGACCCGCCUUAGCCUCGCCACUACUUCGUCGAGGUUAGGCUCGGCACUUACAGAGUACAUGGGGUCGGUUACUACACUCUGCACUUCUUGUGCAUAUUUUGGAGUCGGUCCUAGCGGCGGUUAGUAGAUUGCUCGGAUCCGGUGCUUGACGGAGACUUGAGGUACAGAAAACUGAUGCUCAAGUGCUAAUCCCUCAAGUUCCAACAUUGAUGAAAUGCAAGUUUGACAAAAUAUAUCAGUUGGGUGACUCACUUUCUGAUACUGGCAACUUCAUUAGAGAGAGCCUCGUUGGAGCUUUUUCUCCCUUUGCAAAACUUCCUUAUGGUGAAAACUUUUUCCAGAACAAAUCAACUGGACGAUGUUCUGAUGGUUUGCUCAUGAUCGAUUUCAUAGCAUUGGAAUGUGGUCUUCCUUUCCUAAAUCCCUACAAGGAUCAGAAUGGAAAUUUCACACAUGGUGCAAAUUUCGCAGUAGCAGGAGCUACUGUUUUGCCAGGUGAAAUCAUGGCUGAGAAGAAGAUUUCUAAUUCAGUAACCAAUAGUUCAUUAAAUGUGCAACUUGAUUGGAUGUCUUCUCAUUUCAAAUCCACUUGCUCUACUGAAUGCUCAGAAGACCUAAAGAAGGCACUUUUCCUGGUUGGAGAAAUAGGAGGAAAUGAGUUUAAUUAUGGUUUAUUGCAAGGUAAACCAAUGGAGGAACUUAGAGCUAUGGUCCCUGAAGUUGUUCAGACCAUUAUCAAUGCUGUUAAAACUAUCAUUGGGUUUGGAGCUGUCCGAAUUGUCAUUCCUGGAAAUUUCCCAAUUGGUUGUAUACCAAAUUUGCUAACAACGUUUUUGACCAAUAAUUCAACUGCGUACGAUGAUAAUCAUUGCUUGAAAGAUCUAAAUGACUUGGCAAUUCUCUACAAUCAUCAUUUGCAAAAAGCCAUUCAAGAGCUGAAGAAAGGACAUCCAAAUAUUACAUUGGUUUAUGGUGACUACUACAAUGCCUAUCUCUGGCUUCUACAAAAUGCCGCAAAUCUUGGUUUUGACAAAAACUCUCUACUGAAAGCUUGUUGUGGAAUAGGAGAAAAAUAUAAUUACGACAAAAAUAGAAUAUGUGGAGCUCCAGGACUGCAAAUUUGUACCGACCCUAGUACUUACAUCAGUUGGGACGGAAUUCAUUUGACACAACAAGCCUACAAAUGGUUGGCAAGAUGGCUAAUCGAUAACAUGCUACCAAAAUUGAAAUGCCAAGCUUAAUUUAGGCUUCCUUUUCUUUUUCUUCGCAAAGUGCAUCAAUAGAUCUAUUAAAAAUUUAAAAAUAGGCCUCUCAUUUCUUUCUCAUUUGUAUAUAGAGCAAUGCGGAGCGAAGCAAUUGUCAUAAAUUAGAAUGUAUUCAAUCCAUUUAGUAGAAAAAAG